AUGGCGGAUUUAUUGAGCAGAACUUGGAACGCCGUACUGGCGUGGUCAAGCUGGGCCGCACCGCUUGACCGUGUCAGCGGAUCCGGCAAGAUUUCCGCUGAAAGUGCGAGCCUUGAUUCUUUCAGCGGCUGGUCUGAUCCAACCAUUUUCAUCGUCUACGCCCACGACAACGAGAACCUAGGGGAUGCCAAAGCCGCCGUUGUGGGCCGCAUGAUAAGAUGGCUGCAAUGCUCCAGGUGCCGAGUUAUCUCGGAUAGAUCUCCCCUCGAUCCUCUCCCCGAUGCCCUACCCGACAAUGCGACUGUGCGCAACAUCCUCGACAGCCAAUUUCGUCUUUUGCCUUCCUCGAGCGAUCGUGAGAGCGUUGCAAUCGUUAUCUUAUGUGGGUCGGAUGUACUGGAGCAGUAUAUGCGACACCCAUUCACGUCGUCCUACCUUGAGAAGGUCCAAGAGGCAUACAAGAGUGCCCAUGAUCCCAGAGACAAAAUACGAGAUGUGGUAGAGGCCCAUGCAGGGCAGGCAGGAUUCCACCACGUCCUCACCGAAGUUGCCUUCCUCGACAUCAGAAAACAAGCACAGAAGAAAGAUGAUGGAAUUAUUUCCCUGGCUCUCAGUGGAGACCUCCCUUCCACCUACUUGGAGUUCUAUGACAGAUGCAACGUCGUUCUCAAACUCAAAGAGGAGAAAUGCAUUUCGAAUGAGCACAAUCUUUUCUUCAAGCUUCUCUACCAUGUAUACCCCAAAGAAGGCGCACACUCGGUGAUCAAGGAGUACGAGGAUUGUUACAACAGCAUCCGCGAUCACUUUCGCCAGCAGGCCCCGAAUACCAUGAACACGGCCAAGGAAAUCAUCUUGCCAAGCCUUCUCAGUGCUGCGGAGCGCAUCAUCGAAAACAGAACCGCUAAAGGCAGACUGGCUGGAUUUGUCAACAUUGAUGCUGAGCGCAAACUCGAGGAGGACAGAGUCCGAAUUCUAGGAAUGCUCCCUCCUCUACCAUACCUAGAUCGCAAGAACAGAAACGUUAUUCGAGCAGAGGACACAUGCGUCUGGGCCACAACGCAUCCAAAACUGCAGCAAUGGCAGACCGCUUCAAGUUCUAGCGUCCUGUGGCUUUCAGCGGACCCUGGUUGUGGAAAGUCUGUGCUAGCGAGACAUCUGAUCGACGACGUGUUUCCCGCCGCCUCACCCACGGCCACGAUCUGUUACUUCUUCUUCAGAGACGACUUUGAUGAUCAGCGCACCCUGAUUAAUGCCUUGCGGUGCAUAGUACACCAGCUGUUCCUACAAGAUCCCACAUUGAUCACUCAAGCAGUCAUCGACGCCUUCCAGAGGAAUAACAAGCUUUUGUCUUCUGAGGACGGACUUUGGGACAUUUUCUUGCAAGCUGCACAGAGCAAUCACUCUCAGGAGGUGCUUUGUGUGCUGGAUGCCUUGGACGAAUGCCCUGCACAAGACCGAGUGAUCUUUAUUCGGCAAUUGAGCCAGUUCUACAGAACCAACUCGACUUCCCGCCUCAAGUUCCUGAUCACAAGUCGUCCCUAUUCUAGGAUUGAGUCGGAUUUCCGCGGAAUGGAGCCCAAUCUAAAUACCAUACACCUUGCUGGUGAGAAUGAGCGCGAACUAAAACAGAUUGAAAAAGAGAUCGACGUCGUGAUUAAAGUCCGUACCAGAGAGCUGCAGCAAGCACUUCGUCUCAGGGAGGAAAGUUACACCGCUUUGCUGAAGGGAUUGACAAGUGUACCAAACCGGACAUAUCUAUGGGUCACGCUCGUCCUCGAUGUGGUAAAAGCCAACAUCAGGAAAACAAGACCUGCAAUAGAGGCCAUUCUCUGCGAGCUUCCUCAAUCUGUGGAGGCAGCCUACGAAAAAAUACUCUCACGGGCCGACAGUCAAGAUGGAAUCCUGGCUAGAAAUAUCUUUCAGGUUAUUCUGGCCGCCACACGCCCUUUCUCCGUGCUGGAAAUGUCUCGGGCCCUUGCCAUCAAUGGGGCGUCAAAGAAUGAGGAACAAGUGCAGAAUGAGACAGAAGAUGAGUUCCGUGAGGUUAUCCGCCAGCUUUGUGGACUUUUUGUUAUCAUUGUCGACUCGAAAGUCUAUUUUCUUCAUCAGACGGCGAAGGAGUUCCUGCUGCAAAAGCGAGCAGCAGUUUCACCACAUCGUCCUAUUACACAGCGCGAUUCCCAGUGGAGGCAUUCUCUGUCACUUGAAGACUGCCACCUUUUUUUGGGAAAGAUAUGCGUUCUGUGUCUAUUGCUCCAGCCAAAGGAAAGCCCAUCUGAAGAUCCUUCCACGGGAGAUGCCUCCCACACUCUUGUGAAUUACGCCAGAGCUGAUUGGAAGUGGACAUUUCACUUACGCGCAGCUGGCAGCAUUCAUGCGGUGCUUUCUCAAGCAGCCAGGCUAUGCGUUAAGCUUACGGAGAUCAAACCCGAAGAUGGGACAAUCCUUCCCCGUAUUGCCUAUUCAAGAAAUAUGAAUCCAGACAAUUGGGAAAAAAGUGUCAUCAAAACGGCUCAAAUAACGCCUUUGAUCAUUGCGUCAGCUCAUGGACUCGCUGCAAUUGUUAAGCUUUUGAUUGCAGAAAGACCUGAGGACAUACUGAAGACCGACAAAGCAUACGGCCGAAAUGCCAUUGGCUGGGCGUUGGCCCAAGGACGUACAGAUGUCGCGCAAGUCUUCUUCACCGAAGUUGAAUGGGGGACAGUAUUCAGAGCCCUGCAGGCAGAUGGCUGGUACACUAUCACGCCUGCAUUACUUUGUUUUAACGGGAGACAUGAGGCAAUUGCAAAACUCCUUGUUGAAAAGGUAACUGAGAGGGAAAAUUGGCUCAUGGAUCAAGAGAGGUUGUUCACCAAAGGUCGACUCCUUCACAACGCGGCCGCGUGCGGCUUGGUGAACAUAAUGCAUAUCCUCAUCGAAAGGGGCGAGAAUGUCGAUGCCAAGGACAGCUCGAUGGCGACUGCUUUACAUUGGGCAGCUCGCAGCGGAGCCACAGAUUCCGCAAAGCUGCUUUUGGAUCUCGGUGCGCGGAUCAACGCACGGGAUCAAAAUGGGGCUACGCCCAUCCAUUGGGCGGCUGCAGAAAGCCCGAUGGGUAACAAUUGCAGCUUAGUCCAAUUGCUGGUAAAUCGAAAGGCAUCACUUUACCCUAAGAAUAACAAUGGCGAAGCCCCUCUUUUUCUCGCAGUCAGACGCGGAUGGACAGAAUGCGCUGAAUUGCUGUUGGACCGAGGCGCGGUAGUCGAUGCUCAAAACGACAAGGGCGAUACGCCUCUUUUCCUCGCAGUUCGACACGGCUGGAUCGAGAUCGUUCAGCUACUUUUAAAUCGAAACGCAAUGGUCAAUGUAAUCAGUCAAGAUGGACUUACUCCUCUCCAGGAAUUGUUUCAGCCUGGCAAGACCUGGAACAGCAUCACUUCGGAAAUUUUCGUAUUACUGUUGGAUCGAGGUGCAUUGGUUAACUGCAAAGACAGCAACGGAGAUACAGCAAUGCAUUGGGCAGCUAUCAACGGCUAUCAAAAAGCACUUAAACUGCUGUUGAAUCGAGGGGAAGCAGUCGAUCCUAGAAACAACUACGGCUCUACCCCUCUCUUUCUCGCGCAAACGAAUCGAGAUGCCGGUGUAACUCGACUCCUCUUAGACGCAGGUGCACAAGUCAAUGCCGUCAACACUUUUGGGUGGACUCCUCUUCAUGAAGCCAUUAGAUCUAGGAAUUCCGAGCUCGACCGCGUUAUAUUGCUUCUGGAACAAGGUGCACUGAUUGAUUAUCAGGAUUAUCUUGGGGAUGCUCCGCUGCAUCUGGCAGUGGCCAUAAAGUGGGAAAUGGGGGCUCGACUACUCUUAGAUCGAGGUGCACAGGUGGAUUUGCAAAACAAAAAUGGUUUGACUCCGUUGCAUUUGGCAGCGGAAAGAACGCUUGAAGAAGAGGCUCGACUACUUUUAGAUCGAGGUGCACAGGUGGAUUUGCAAAACAAAAAAGGUUUGACUCCGUUGCAUUUGGCAGUUGUUCGUCAAUGGGAAAAGGGGGUCCAAUUGUUUUCAAAUCGAGGUGCGCAAAAGGAUCUCCAAACGAACGACGGGUUGACUCCUCUGCAUUUGGCAACGGUACAAAAGCCAAAGAGGGACAGGUCGAUGUUCAGAAUGCUAAAGGAGAAACUCCACUUCAUUGGGCAGUUAGGUGUCAUUGGCAAGAAGGUGUUCGGUUGCUUUUGGGCCAAAACGCACAAAUUGAAGUUCAAGAUGUCGACGGGGACACCCCACUGGAUUGUGCAAUUGAGGAUGGUUGGGAAGAAGGGGUUCGAUUACUUCUGGCCACAGUUGAAAAAGGAGAGUGUUGAUGUCUAG